AUGACACUCAGUCCCUCACCACCUAUCCUUUUCUCCACGUGCAUGCCAUGCAAACCUACCGAUUCACUAUAUAGAGCAACCUCGUACUCCUUAUCGAUCAUCACAACCAGUAGAAAAAAGAUAGUAAAAGAUACCACAAACACAAUGGCAAAACUUGUGAUCCUUGCACUCGCCUUCACGGCGAUCGUAGCAUUCGCUAAGGUCUCCGCCUACACAACAACCACCAUUACCACGAUAAUGGAGGACGUGCCAAGUGGCUCACAGUCGCAGUCACAAGGGCAACGUCGCCACCAAAUUCAGGGGCAGCAGGUGAGCCACUGCCAGAUGCACAUCACCGAGGGAUCCUCUUUCGAGGAUGAUCUGAUCAGGAUGCCAGUGGUAAGGCCGAAGCAACAGGAACCACACCUUCAACUAUGCUGCCAGCAGCUCCGGAACGUGGAGGAGGAGUGCCAGUUUGAGGAGAUCAAUGAGGCUUUUGAAGAAGCAUAA